CGAUCAAGAUUUAAAUAGUUUUGAUUGGGAAAAAGAUAACGAUGACGGGGUAUUAAAUGAUGGUAAUAAGAUGUGUGUUGAAUUUGAAGUUAAGAAAAGUCGAGAAGACCAUGAGGAUUUUAUAGUUUUUAACGGCGGGUUUAACAUUCCCUUGCCAAAGAUUAUCAAAUCAGAAAUUGAAAAAUCUUAUAAUGAUGAGCUUUAUCCAAAAGUUGUCGAGUCCAUUUCAUAUCAAGCUUUUAUUACACAAAACAUAAUUCCACCCUCGAAUGCCAUGAAACUAGGUACUGCCACUAUAAAGAAAGGAGACUUCAAUAAAGAAUUUAUGAAUCGAUGGGAAAAAUGUUCUGUGAGAAUUGAUCGUUCAACUAUGGACAUGCAAAAGCUUGAGUUACUUAUAAAUUAUGGAUUAAAUAUGGAUUAUUUGAAGUACCAAUUAAAUCAAUAUCAUGAUGCAUUGAAAGAAGCCAAUAAAGAAUUGGAAUCUAAGAAAGAAAAUGAAAGGCUUACUAUUCAAGAAGAUGCCAAAACUUUAAAAAAGUUAGCUUAUAAUAAACUUAAAGAAUUAUAUGGACGGCUUGAAUCAAAUGAAGAAUGCAAUGAAAAACAAAAAGAACAAGAAAUGAAUAAAGAUAUUGAGAUCGAAAAAUUCUUUUCAAAGUAUUCAGAUUUAAAAGUCAAAUUCGACGCAGCGUUAAUGAUUAAACCUAAUGAAUGGCAGAUUUUAAAGUUUAAAUUUAUUUAUGGGUCAUUAUUAAUUAAAAAGGUUCAAACACUGGCAACAAAUAAUGAAAAAUUAGACAACAACGAAGAUUAUUUCAAAUAUCUAGGACCUAAAUCAUCAAUGAAGCAUGAACUUACUUUUAAAAUAACUAAUAAUCAAAUUAAUGAAUAUUAUAAGCAAGCAGGGUCUAGUUUCAACUCUCUUGAUUCAGAAAUAAUUGAAAAAUUAUUCGAUCAAGAAUUGUGUCCAAAUAAUUCGGAACUUAGAGAAAAAAUUAUAAAUCUUUUCCGGGAUAGUUAUAACCAAUGGAAAGAUAAUACAUUUUCAAGAGAUAUUGACAAAAUUGAACCAAAAUGGACAGACUAUAACAAAAAAAUAACGAAAAACCUAGAAACCCAACAUAAAAAGUUUAAAAGUGAUAUCGAAAGAAAUGCAUUUGAGAGACUUUGUACUUUAAUAGAAACUAAAUUUCCUGAUGGUUAUACGAUAAAUUAUGAGCUCGAUACUGUCCAACCAGCAAGAUUGCAAAUAACUAUUUACGAAACUGUGCUUGAACAAGAAGAUUGUUUGAAAAUUCAAGAAGAUGAAUUUCAUGUUCCUAAUCCUGAAUUAUCAACUCGUGCCAAUGGAAAAUAUGGUUAUUCUUUCACGAUUAAUCCCGAAAAUGAAUUAAG